UCAUCCAUGCAAAGCGUUAGCGUGCAGUUCCUUCGGAUACGCUUGUUUAUUCGACGAUGUUAACAGCGUAGCGAUUAUCUGGGUCAGUCGGCCAUCCCUUAGGUAAUGUGCAGGUGUCACUAGGCUGGGUGAAACAGGCCACACGAUCAAAGUACUGGCGCAUCAACGACAUACUUAACAGGUAACCUCCCUGCCAAUGAAAUUAUUAUUUGCUGUCUGACAAAAGCACAGUUGUUGCUACUACCUUCCUUUCUCUACUGCGGGGCAUAUAUGAACUAAUGGACACCUCAGCUUAUAAGGUCACAGUGACCUAAACACAGUGACCCGGAUGUUGCUUUGUGCGUUGGCAGUUUCAAAAAGGUGUUUCGUUCCAGGGAGUAAUAUCUCACGUACAAAUUUCCAGUGGAUUUUUUUGCCAAGGAUAUAAUUACCAUAGCCAGUAUCUUACUAACACUGGACUAUUUUCCCUUAUGGAUUUCUUUCCUCAGGAAACUAUUUGACCCGGAAACAUUAAUCUUUUACAUAUACACCCUGUACGAGUCAGCGCGAAACAGUUUUCAUAUUAUACUGUGUACAUUACGAGGUGUUUCAGUGUCAUGCUACUAUGUGAUUAUUGUGGAAAUGAAAUACUACCAGGUUCUGAUCGUGUAACUGUGUAUGACAAAGACGAAGAAGUGCGUUAUGUGGCACGUGGUGAUCAUAUACCACCAGGAUUCAAGUGUGUCACUGUCUGUAUGAAAGACGGCUGUGUCAAAUAUCUCAGAGCAGGAAGCAGCGUACCAGUGGGUUUCGAUAUUGUUUCUGUUUAUGAGAAACAUCGGGAUAUACUGUUAACAAAGAGAAGGGAUACUAGUCAUAUACAAUCAGGAGUACAAUGUGUCCACGUCUGUGUCAGAUCGGACGCUGUGCCAUACAGCAGGGAAGGUUACAUUACAACAUCAACUGAUAUGCGUCUAACAGCUGAACAAGUACUGCACACAGAGUGUCUGUUUGAACAUAGUUCCAGGUGUGAAGAAGCAGUUCGUACUUUUGUACAGCUUGUCUCUUCAGCAAGCAACGUCCUGUCGAUGGGAAUUGACGUUAGCUACCUGUACGGUGCCGCUGUACACGAGAAAGACGCUAGAAAGAAAAAGAGAGAGAAAAGGGAAAAUAAAAUUCAGGAACUGUCAAGAAACGUCUCGGCACUGCGUAAUUCAAACGGGGGAUACGUGCUGAUUCAUCUUGUUGGUUUAGUAUCAGCGGAUUUUUUCACUGGCGCAUUUGAUGAGUUUGUGGACAUAAAACUAAAUGGCUUGAUUCAGGACGGCAACAUGUUUAGUGAUGUGUAUAAGAAACAACGACUAAGCACUCACACAGAACUACAAUGUUUUCAUGACUUUCUGUCUCUUUUCGUCAGUGCCGCUUCCUCAGUGACAACUUCAAACUUCAAUACAAAGAUUGCACUUGAUGAUUGUAUAAUAGAACCGACGGCAGAAACACUUCGGAGCUUUUUGAGAACAAAAAGACGAUUAAGUGAAACCUUCCACAGACUUUCAGGAAUCGUAAGUGCGGAUGACCUCAAGCAUGUGCACGAAAGCAGAUCAAUUGAAAUGAAGGGUCACUUUCUUUCAAAGGAAAGCGAUGAGGAACUUGCUUGUUCCAUACUUAAUAGUUUUAAACUUGCAGAAUAUAUAACCGCAUUCACCAAACUUGAAGGUGGGGGUUCCUAUUUAUAUGGAGUAAACGAGAGUUCUUCCACGGAACAUGGGUAUGCAUCUAAAACAUCCCGACCCGACCCUGUUGUAAUCAAUAAUCAAGAUUAUUUAAAAAAGACUUUGGAGCAGAAGAUUCGCGAUACUAUUCUCGUCUGUGACUAUGAUGGGAACACAUUACCAGAUGCUAAUGUAGCUGAAGUUCACUUUAUUCCUUGCAUGUCACAUUCUAAAGAAACAAAAGACAGACAUAAUGGUCAGCCUGUUAUCAUUCACGUUUCUGUCAGGUCAGUUAGUGGGAUUGUGUUUUAUGAUAAAAUGGGACCAUUGGCCUACAAAUAUGACAACACACAAAGACUAGUCACCCAAAUGGAUAUCAAGGAAUGGAUCCGUGCGUUUCUAAAGACGUCGGUGUAGGUGAUAUGGCAGGUAACCAUUCCUGUGUCAUCCGUCUCCCUUACAACCAUGAGAGCAGUUUCUGUUACACAUGUAACAUGUACUUUACGGAAUAGGUCACCUCACCUCACGGUGGCAUCUCCAGGCCGAGUGUCCUGUCUUGUCGUGGAAUUUGUUUCGGUGGAUAAUCGCGUUGGCGUUUUAAAUUUAGUAGAUGUCUAUCUCCAUGUAUAUAAAGUUGCAGCACAUA